AAGUUUAAGACGUGACUCAGACAGGCCCUUCCUGUGAAGUCAGAUAGCAGUCUAUCUGAUCCUGAGUUCCCUCUACCGUGGGGAAAGAAAGUGCUCAGCAACUUGCCCGAUGUACUUCAUGACCUCAUUCAGUCAAGUGUGGGGACCAGACAGGAGUUGUUGGUGACCAGCAGAUCAGCACUGGAGCCCUCUGAUUCCAUCUCCGUGUGUUUGAUUUAGCAAUGGAGUCUUUCUCUGCUGACACUAAUUCAACUGACCCACACGUACCGCCUCCGUUUAAAGCCCAAGAGAUCCUCUCCAUGGUCAUUCUCUGCCUCACUUGUCUACUAGGGCUGCCAGGCAACGGGCUGGUGCUGUGGGUGGCUGGCCUAAAGAUGAAGCGGACCGUGAACACGGUUUGGUUUCUCCAUCUCACGCUGGCCGAUUUCCUCUGCUGCCUCUCCUUGCCCUUCUCCCUGGCUAACCUGAUUCUCCGAGGCUACUGGCCCUAUGGCUUGUUCCUAUGCAAACUUAUCCCAUCCAUCAUCAUCCUCAACAUGGUUGCCAGUGUCUUCCUGCUUACGGCCAUUAGCCUGGACCGCUGUCUGAUGGUACACAAGCCAAUCUGGUGUCAGAAUCAUCGAAAUGUGAGAACAGCCUUCACCGUCUGUGGAUGCGUUUGGGCGGUGGCCUUUGUGAUGUGUGUACCAGUAUUUAUAUACCGCGAUCUACUCACUAUAGACAAUCACACCAUGUGUGUCUAUAAUUUUGAUUCCCACGAGAAUUUUGAUUAUUGGGACUACAUGUAUAAUAUAGAUCUACCAGAAAGCAAUACUGACUACGCCACUGCUCAGCGAAUAGGACAAAUGGAUGACAGAUCAGAGCCUUCGUCUUUCCAAAAAAGUGAUGACCGUCAUACAGCUGUCACUGACCUCCAGCCACAAAUAUUCCAAAGAUCUUCUGAAGAUCCAUUCCCUCUAGAUUCAGCAAGACUGCCUAGUGAACAAGGCCACACCAGUGCAAACCAGCCCCGUGCGCUCACACCCACCGUCCCCAGUGGGCUUCCUGUGGAAGAUCACAGAACCAACACACACAACGCCAGUGAUUUUCUCUCUGCUCUUACAGGGCUUUCCACUACUGCUUCUAGCAGCGACGUACACCACCCUGAGCAGUCACAGGAUUUCCAGGAUGAUCAUUUCACUCAGUUCACGCACAGCAAUCACAAGCCAACACCUCUGGUGGCAAUAACCGUCACAAGGCUGGUGGUGGGCUUUCUGGUGCCCCUUUUCAUCAUGGUAGCUUGUUACAGCUUCAUUGUCUUUCGAAUGCGAAAAUCCAACUUCACCAAGUCUCGGAGCAAAACCUUUCGGGUGGCCCUCGUGGUGGUGACUGUCUUUUUUGUCUGCUGGACUCCAUACCAUAUUGUUGGAGUUCUAUUGCUGAUUGCUGACCCAGAAGCUCCUUUGAUGGAAGCCGCGUUAUCCUGGGACCACAUUGCCAUCGCUUUAGCAUCUGCCAAUAGUUGCUUCAACCCUUUCCUUUAUGCCCUUUUGGGGAAGGACUUUAGGAAGAAAGCAAAACAGUCCAUAAAGGGCGUUCUGGAGGCGGCCUUUAGUGAAGAGCUCACACACUCUACCAGCUGUACCCAGGACAAAGCCUCUUCAAGAAGAAACAAUUUGAGUACAGAUGUGUGAAGAUGUGGCGUGGGAACCUAAGCAGGUGUUCCCAGGUGAACACUGCUAAGGGAUGACACGGUGAGCAGGACACUUUGGACAGUCUGGUGGCUCUCAGAGAGAGGGCUCUGAUUAUUGACAUCAGUAUCACUUGGAAACUUAUUAAAGAUGCAAAUUUUCAAGCCACAUCCCAGACUUGUUGACUCAGAAUCUCUGGUCCAUGGGGACCAGUGUUUUAACAGGCCCUCUUGCUUCUGAUUAAUGUUAAGUUUUAUAAUCAUUUGGCAUGGUCUACUCCUAUCCCUAAGUUGUGUGAGACAAUAACUUAAUAAUCCGUUUUCCGUAUUAAUCUUUUUUUUAGCAUCAUCUAAAUCAUCUUAGUUUGCAUGAAAGGCUGCUUUUAUUGUCCUGAGUGAAAGAUAGUCCUUUAUUGCAUAUCUGGUGAUGUUGGUGGUGGUUUUAGUGGGGGGAAAAUAAGACACAAAAAAGAAAAAGCCUACAAAAGCAAAGAGUGAUGAGUUAAGAGACUGGAACAGAAUAGAAAAGCACCACGUCUGCGACUCGAAGCAUCCUCGGAUAAUUCCAGGUGCCCAUGAGUACCCUAAAGGAGCAUAGGUACGUGUGAACACUUUCCUAUUGUGCAGUGCUCUGGAAGCUGUGGUUUGGAGCGCUCUCUUCCCUACGCAUCCCACUUGUUCAUAGAAUCAUCUUUCUCUUUUUGUUUCUUUGUUUUGUUUAUCAAGACAAACUGUGUGACCCUGGCUGUCCUGGGACUAUGGAGACCAGGCUGGCCUCGAACUCAGAGACCUGCCUGCUUCUGCUUCCCUGAGUGCUGAGAUUAAAGGCGAUGUCCCAUUGCUUAAGUUCCUGAAGUCCCUUUACGUUUUCCAUACAGGGUCUUGCCAUCUCCUGCUGGGGAUGGGGAAUGCAGCACCCUGCCUGGCCCCCUUCUUAGUCUGCCACAUUAGACUUAGUGCCUCACAUAGAAUAAAACAGUCUCCUAAAGAUGCUUUUCUCCUCCUUCCAAACCCAAGUCUAACGGAAGGAGGAAUGCACGAAAGGUGGAACUGGCAUUCUUCAACUCGCCCCCAGGUCCCUGCACUCUGACGGCAACACCACAGAAAGGUUUGAAACACGAGUCUAGGGACCUCGUGUGCCAAACGUGCCAGGCACACUCCCUGUGGAAUUCCUGGACCAUGGUAUUAUAAAUAUAUGCAGCCAACUUUAAAGGAACUAGUGAAUGAUGGAAUGUAGGAGGCCUCUUUCUCCAAUGCCCAGUAAUACCUCUCUCCCUCUUAUCUCAAGAGAGCAUCUUUGCAAGAAUGGUAGCUAUUUAUCCUGACAUUUACCGUGAUGUGCCUAAGUCAUGCACUUACACCGCAGAUUUUUGUAGAUAAGAUAAAAAUGGUUGUUUCCAUAUUUUCAUCCAACAUCCCAGUGUUGAUUAGUGAGUAUUAUACUUUAGUUUGUUCAUGAC